AUGUCGGAGCUGCCUGCUUUCCCCCGAUUGUCAUUCCUGGUGCUUUGCAUUUUGGGUAUAACCUUGGUGACAUCUGGCUUCCCUCAGCCUCAGAUACCUCUCAGAAGUCCCAAUGAUUCAGAGGAACCUAAACGAGACGACUGGGAUGUCCUCUUCCCCUCCAUCUCUCUCCGUAACUGGAGCAUUAAAAUGCUGUCAGCGCCCGCCUUCAGAACAGCAGCCAACAGCAGGGCAGGACUGAUGAAGGAGGCGUGGCUGUUUGCCCCUGAGAGGGCAGAGGCCAGCGUGGAGAGGGCGUGGCCUGUCGGCGGGGUGAAGAGGAGCAUGGCGGUGGCUGAUGAUGCAGCCUUCAGAGAGAAGAGUAAAGUCCUCACCUCUAUGGAGAGACAGAAGUGGCUCAACUCCUACAUGCACAAACUACUGGUGGUUAAUUCUUCAUGAUAAUUUGGUCUGUACAGUUCUUUAUUUAGAAAAUAAAGAGGCAAUGGCAAAAAACUUUUUAAAGGGAUAUUACUCAGUC